UCACAGCCUGUCGUCGACUGCAUGUGCGCCAAAGGCCACGAACUCGGAUGACGUGAAGCUGUGCCCCCGAGCAGUCUAAACUAUCGUCAGCUUGUUUCUCUUUCCCUUCAACCAUGCAAUAAAGUUUGAAGACCGCAGGGCGCCCUUUCUGUUUGGUAUACCUCUAAUCUACCACUGUAAUUCGAUAAUAGAACGGAACGACGUCGUACCCGGCGCAAUCGGCAUCAUCACGAUCGAUCGUAUCCAAAGUUUAAACCACCGCGAAUCUCAACCUCGAAACCUUAGCAGCCAAGCUCAUAAUGCCUUCUCCAUAUGGCACUCCACCCCAGCGCGACUCCUGGUUCGCGCCGCUCUCGAUCGACCUCUUCGUCAAGGUCCUAAAGACCAGUUUCUUCCACCCCUUCAUCGCAUGGAUCGUCCCGCUCUGCUUCCGCGCCCAGAAUAUGUUCUGGGACGCGCCGCCUAUGCUAGUAUCGAUUGCUUGGGCUUCCAUUAUCUCCCUGUCUUGGAUUGCCGGGGCUAUCAACAACAGGCUGGCGUUUGGUCUGCCGCGCGAGGUGGAUCUGAGCGAGGAGGUUAUCGUCAUCACCGGCGGCGCCAGCGGGCUGGGCCUGCUGAUCGCUGAGGUAUACGGGAUGCGCGGGGCCACAGUUGCCGUUCUGGACGUCGUGGAGAUGGAGAACGGCGAGUCGCGGGGCGUCACAUACUACAAGUGCGACGUGACGGACAAGGACCAGCUCGCGCGGGUGGCGGCCAAGAUCGAGAGAGACCUCGGCACUCCCACGGUCCUAAUCAACAACGCGGCCAUCGUCAUCGGCAAGCCCCUCCUCUCCAUGACCUUCCCCGAGAUCGACAAGUCCCUCACCACCAACCUCGUCAGCCACUUCUACACGCUCAAAACCUUCCUGCCGGCCAUGACGCGCAGCGAGGUCGGCGGCACGGUCGUCACGGUCUCGUCGGUGAUCGGCACGGUGGGCGCGGCGCAGCUGACCGACUACGCAGCGGCCAAGGCGGGCAUCUCGGCGCUGCACCGGUCGCUCGCGGCCGAGCUGCGCGAGUCGCACCCGCAGAUCCGCACCGUGCUCGUCACCCCGGGCCAGCUGAGCACCCCGCUCUUCUACGGCGUCCAGACCCCGAACCGCUUCCUCGCCCCCGUCGUCGAGCCCGUCGACGUGGCCAAGGAGGUCAUCGCCGCGAUUGAUAACGGGAGGAACGCCGCCAUCGGCAUGCCGCUCUAUGCGCGGUGGAUCGACUGGUAUAAUGUGCUACCCGUGGGGCUGCAGGCUGUGGCGAGGAAGCUGGCGGGUAUAGAUAAGGGUAUGAACUCGUUCGUGGGGAGGAGAGGGUCGGCGAAAGAGAAGAAGGAGGGUGGUUCGAUACAGGGGUUUUAGAGACGAGGGGAUAGAGGCUGGCGCCGGCGCCAGACCAACGCGCCGUGAGGUAUGAAAAGAUGUAAUUGUAUUUGGUGGUCGGGUGUGUAUAUACAAGGAGUGGAUACACAUCUUGUAACUCUAGUUAACGGUUUGAAGCGAGCGGCGUUUUUGUGCGUCUUACUGUUUCCACAUGAUCUAGACUCUGUGAAAAUCCGCUCG